GCAUUUAUUAUUCAGGAAGGAAGCAAUGUCGAUAGAAGAUCCAUUUUUCGUUGUGAAGGGGGAGGUGCAGAAGGCCCUCUCUCGUGCUCGGACUCUGUUUGAUAGAUGGGAAGAACUGUUACAGGAUGGGACACAGGUGAGUCGAGAUGAGCUGGACUGGAGCGCCAAUGAGCUGAGGAACUGUCUGAGGGCCAUAGACUGGGACCUGGAGGACCUCAGUGAAACUAUCAGUAUUGUGGAGUCAAACCCAGGGAAGUUCAGACUGGGGGAUAAUGAACUUCAAGAGAGGAGAGCUUUUGUGGAGCGAACCAGGAAGUCUGUUCAGGAGAUGAAAGAUCAGUUAUCCAGUCCUUCUGCUGUAGCUCAGACUGAGAAGAAGAACAAACAGGGGCAGGACAGAUCAACGGGACUGGAAGCUCAUCUGGUGUCUGCAAACUCCAGAUACAUUCAGGAGCAACAGGAACAACAACAGCUGAUCAUGCAGGAGCAGGACGAGCACCUGGAGCUGGUGACGGGCAGCAUUAGAGUCCUCAAAGACAUGUCUGGACGGAUCGGGGACGAGCUCGACGAGCAAGCUGUCAUGCUGCAGGACUUUGGAGACGAGAUGGAUCAGACGUCGUCCCGCAUGGACUCGGUCCUAAAGAAGCUGGAGAAAGUGUCUCACAUGACGAGCAGUCGGAGACAGUGGUGUGCCAUCGGUGUGCUCGUUGCCGUCAUGAUUGUGGUCCUCAUCCUGUUCUGUGUUCUCUGAUGUUGUUGACCUCUGACCUCCAGCGAUGUUCACCCUGAACGGACAGAUAAAGAUGGAAGACGUACGUCCUGUUCCCCUUCAGUAACUCCAUUUACACACUCCAAGGAGGAGCCUGCAGAGAAAAGGCUGCGAUGUUCUCUGCCUUUGAAUGAAUCCAUUUGGGGUGGGGGGGGAACACGACAAAAACCCAGGUUCCUCUCAGCAGCAGAGCUUAACGUGAGGGAACUCAUACUGGUGUGCUGCAGUGACUGUUGGAAACUGGUAUGUGAUGAGAGGGCAGGCAAGGGUUAAACAAGUUUAGUAAAUGGAGCCAUUUUUGAGUUUAAUUCUAAUCAAUUGAAAAGUUUAGGAUUUGAAUUCACGCCCACCGAGUACUCGAUAUAAAAUAUAUUAGAUUAGAAGGAGUAAGUUUUCACAGCCCAUGUUUAUAUCAACCAGUUUAUGAAACUUGAUUCU